AUGUCCGCUGCCUCCUCGUCUACUGAUAGCCUUAAUAAGGCCAUAGACGAGUACUGUGAGGAUACUAGUGAGAGGUCUGACUCUAGCAGUGCUAGUGAUGAGAGUGGAGGAAGCACGGACGAGAACUACUCUUCUGGGGCCCCUGGGCUCCCUAUUGAGGUCGUCCAAGAACAGCUUAGGAGAGCUUCUGGCUCUCAAGCUGGUUCUCCGUCCAAUCCUACGGACGAGGUAGAAACCGUCUUCAGCUGUGCUGUAGGCGUCCAUUCUAAGACGGACGAACAGAAGUUAAAUAGCCUUAAAUCCUGGUAUCAAAUCCCAGACGAGUUUAACCCUAGGCUGCCCGUCCGUGGAGAGUGGUGUUGUGAGCCCCGUUUUGGUAUAGGCGUCUAUGAAUCUUACUUUUUAGGUGGCCUUAGGUUUCCUUUAAAUGCCUUCGAUAGAGAGUUAUUAGUUAAGUUAGGUUUAGGUGUUUGUCAAUUCAAUCCUAACGCAUGGAGACUAAUUAUCUCCAUGCAAAUUUUGUGGAGGGAAGUUUUUGGUGGGGACCGUCCUCUUACAGUGGACGAGUUCCUUUAUUGUUAUAAACCUUCUGCCAUAAGUCAAUCUGAAGGUUUUUAUCAGUUUACUGCUAGAGGGAAUGAUUGUAGGUUGAUCAAGUCCCUAGCUUCGUCUGAUAGGAAAUGGAAGACGGAGUUCAUUUUCGUUUCAGGCUUCUGGGCAGGGAACCCUGUGGACGUUGGCAGGGAUCCCUUUCCCCCUUACACUGGGGAACUAGGGAACCUUCGUCCAGAAGCUGCCAAACGUCCGUCCCUGAGUAAAUUCCAUCGUGACCGCGUCCAUAGAGCUCGUCUACAUACAGACAGGAGCUUUCGUUCUCUUGUCACGCUAAGACGCUUAGCCAAGUGGGGUUUAGGUCCUGAGCCUUCAGACGAAGCUAUCGCCCACGAAGUUACUGUGCGAAAAAGAAUGUCAACAAUGAAAGAGAAUAGAGGGAAGGAGAUUGCAGGAGAGGGGAAACGUCCUGAGGGUCAAGCCCAAGAUCGUCCUGAGGGUCAGACUCGUCCAACGGUUGGGGACAAAAGGAAGUUCUUGCCAAAAAAUAUUGACUUGGAAGGGCUCCCCAGUCGUAGGGACAAAAGGGUCAAGUCAGGCUCGUCCAAGGUGGUCAAGUCCAAACCUCCCCAGUCCCAGCCUGCCGUCCAGAUAGUUGAUGUGGACUCGUCCACUCCAGUGGAGUCCACGCCGUCCAAGACUCCACCCAGAACUCCUUUGGCCAAGUCUACCACGCCUGGCUCGUCCCAAUGGCUGUCAAGGACGAAGAUAUAA